AUGGCGUCUGCAGCAAUGAGCAAACGCCUCGAAGGCAAGACCAUUGUCAUUACCGGCGCAUCAUCCGGCAUUGGACGAGCUACCGCGGUCGAGUUCGCGCGUACGGCGCCCAAGAAUCUGCGGUUGGUCUUGACGGCGAGGAGGAUCGAUGCGUUGAAGGAGGUCAAGGCGGAGAUUGAGAGGGAUGUCGGCGAGGGCGUCAAGGUCCUACCGUUCAAGCUGGAUGUCAGCAAUCCGGAAGAGGUGCGGGCAUUCGUGGGCCAUCUGCCGGAGGAGUGGAGGGAGAUCGAUGUUUUGGUUAAUAAUGCUGGGCUGGUGAAGGGCGUUGCCAAAGCUCCGGAAAUUGCAGAGCAGGAUAUCAAGGUCAUGUUCGAUACGAACGUCACUGGCCUCAUCAACAUGACACAGGCUGUUCUACCAAUCUUUAAGAAGAGGGCGGACGGAGGGGCGGGAGAUAUUAUCAAUAUUGGGAGUAUCGCUGGUCGCGAGGCUUACCAGGGAGGAAGCAUAUAUUGUGCGACAAAGGCAGCUAUCCGAAGCUUUACUGACAGCUUGAGGAAGGAGUUAAUCGCUACCAGAAUCAGGAUUAUCGAGGUUGAUCCAGGACAGGUCGAGACGGAAUUCUCUGUUGUCAGAUUCUACGGAGACAAGGCCAAGGCUGAUGCUGUCUAUGCUGGCUGCGAGCCUUUGACUCCAGAGGAUAUCGCGGAAGUUAUCGUCUUCGCUGCUGGGCGUCGGGAGAACGUCGUACUCGCUGACACCCUGAUCUUUCCCAACCACCAGGCUGCCGCUACUGUUAUGCAUAAGAAGUCGUAG